CCACGUCAAUCCUAUCGUUCGUGGACCUCGGACUUUGCCCCGAUGUCAUCCCCGCACUCACCCAUCAAACGACUGCUGGUUGCGAACAGGGGUGAGAUUGCCGUUCGUAUUCUCAAUGCUGCACGGGAACUUCCUGAUACUGUAGAGACCAUUGCUCUCUACACGUCAGAUGACCGUUCACACUGUGAUCUAAGCUACCCAGAUCAAGCAAUUGAAAUUCCCUCACCUGCUUCAUAUCUAGACGUAUCAUGUCUUAUUGAUAUUAUCCGAAAGCACUCCAUCGAUUCAGUGCACCCGGGAUAUGGGUUCCUUAGCGAAAGCGCGGAGUUCGCGCAGCGCGUAUUCGACGAAACAGGUGCCAUCGUCAUAGGACCAGGCCCAGAGAACCUUGAACGCACAGGUGACAAGCUUCAAGCCAAGCAACUAGCGCGCGAAUGUGCAGUUCCGGUAUUGGAAGCUAUGAAUCAACCGACUGCUGACGUCGUUGAAGCUCGGGCCUUUGCUAGGCAAGUUGGCUUUCCCGUGAUGAUUAAAGCUGUGGAUGGAGGAGGUGGUCGUGGGAUUCGUCUUGUACGCGAGGAACACGAACUUGAAAAUAGUAUUCAGCGGGCCAUCAGCGAGUCACCUUCUCAUACGGUGUUUGUCGAAAAGGCUGCUGUGGAUGGGUUCCAUCAUGUUGAGAUUCAGGUUAUUGGUGAUGGAACGGGUCAAGUGCGACAUUUAUGGGAGAGAGACUGCAGUGUACAGAGGCGGUUUCAGAAAGUUGUGGAGUUUGCUCCUGCGUUGAUGUGUGAUCGAAGCUUGAUUUCUCAGGUGAUUGACUGUGCCUUGAAGAUGGCGAGUCAUAUUCGCUAUCUUUCUCUGGGAACAUUUGAGUUCCUGGUUAGUGAGCAAAAGGGAGAAUUCUAUUUUCUGGAAGUCAAUCCCCGACUUCAAGUUGAGCACACAAUUACAGAGUCUAUCAGUGGUGUAGAUCUGGUACAGACCCAGCUCCUGCUGGCCCAGGGACGAACAUUCAAUGACCUUGGUCUCGGAUCUAAUGUUGAUCUGAGGGCCCUGCCACCAACAAACUCCAUACAGCUUCGACUGUGUUCUGAAGACCCAGGCAAUGGUUUUUCGCUCAGUAUUGGCAAGCUUACCGAGUUCAAUGUCCCCAGUGGGCACGGUAUUCGAGUCGACACCCAUGUCUCUAGGAUGUCUCCAUUGGUCAUUGGGUCAAAUUUUGAUAAUUUACUAGCCAAGAUCAUCAUCACAGGAUCGAGCUGGGAGGCAACUGUCAGAAAGGCCCAAAGGGUACUAAGUGAUACCAGAAUAGCGGGUGUCAAAACAAACAUCAACCUUCUCCGCGGGAUUGUGGCGCACGCUGAUUUCCUGUCCGGCAACAUCGAUACCCAGUGGCUAAGCGCCAAACUUGAAGAAGCAUACCAGCUGGGCGAAGAUAUUUCAAAAUCACACCGUCAUACAAAAGGACCUUCUAGCUCCUCUCAGUCGCUUACACAAGGUGGACUACCAACUUCAAAUCUCCUAUUCCGCAAGGGAGACGCAUGGUCUAUCCGAUUGGAGCCGCUUCACAAGAGCAUCACACAGGGGCCCAGCGUUGCGCAUCAUAUGAAACUAUCCCGGGUACUCCGCAACGAGUUUCCCACGUCACUUGCAGCCGAGAUUGAAUACACGACACCAAACUCACAGACCGCGAUUCCCUACAGAAUGCAGCUUGAUACCACGACCACCGCUGCAUCAGCACUUGUUUCCUCUCAUCGCCGUGGGGAUCCAAGUAACCCGCGUCAUAUCAUUCUACCCCUUUCUGGAAAACUGGUCGAGAUGUUGGUUACGGAAGGGGAAGAUGUUGCUGAGAAUCAAGUGCUAGCCUUUGUCAAGCAAAUGAAGAUGGAACUGGAAGUACGCAGCCCUCGAGCUGGAAGAGUACAAUGGGUGUAUGAAAUGGAAGAAGAUGAAGAAGAUGUCGCGGAGGGGAUGUUAUUGGUGGAAUUGACAGAAUCACAGGAGCAGCUCCGAGGGAAGCUAUAA